ACUGUGGCUGCCAAAACGUAAAAGUCUCCUCGCAGCGGCGUGCUGUGGAGCUAGGGCUCGUUGUAAGCGCCUCCUGUGGCCCUCGACGCACGCUGACCAGCUUGGUUUGACGCGUUGCGGCCUCUGGUAGGCAGCAAAGCAAAGCAGAUCAAACACAGCUCUCAGGGCCCACAUGUCCGGGCGGCACGCGAUGAUCGCCAGCGCCGACCCGGAAAGCCCGCAACCGGACGUCUUAAACGCGACCGUGCCGCCGGGAUCAAUAGCGUGGACUCCCAUCCAACCGAUCACGUGCUGCAUUCCCGCGAUUGGCCACAUGGGCAUCACGGAUAGCAAAGGUUAUUUGCACGACUGGCACGGCUGCCCCAUCUCGGCGAAUCACCCGAAACAAAUGCUGUUCGGCGAGCCGGCGCGCUACGUGCGGCUUAUAAAGUUCGGGGACGAUGCUGACAGAAAACGCUGGGACGAUGCGAUCGACCAAGCCGACAACGAAUACGCGCGGCAUGUUCAUGUGAUGGGCUGCGGCCACGACUGCCAUUCUCAUGUGGCGCGCGUGCUCAAUUUGCUGAGAUAUGGGGGCUGCGCGGUGCACAACAAGGUCGAGCUCGCCGCCGUCGUCUUCUUCUGCGGGCGGCAUACGUCCCUGUCGGGCGCGCUGAAGACGUGGGUGCCUUUUUUGAUUUUCCUGGGGUUGGUGCUCGUCUACAAGACACAAGCGUAAUUCUUUACUUGUAUCAUCA